AUGGCUAUCUGGGAACAACUAGAAGUCUCAAAGGCCCAUGUCGCUUAUGCCUGUGUUGGUGUUUUCUCAUCGAUCUUCUCUUUAUUCUCGCUCUAUGUGAAGGAGAAGCUUUAUAUCGGUGAAUCCACUGUGGCAGGUAUAUUUGGCCUUAUCGUGGGCCCCGUGUGUUUGAACUGGUUUAAUCCUUUGAAGUGGGGAAAUUCGGACAGUAUCACAUUAGAAAUCACAAGGAUAGUACUAUGUUUGCAGAUUUUUGCCGUUGCGGUGGAACUGCCACGGAAAUAUAUGCUGAAGCAUUGGGUAUCCGUGACGAUGUUAUUAUUGCCCGUGAUGACAGUUGGCUGGCUUAUUAUCGGCCUCUUUGUCUGGAUUCUUAUACCUGGCUUGAACUUCUCUGCUAGUCUGCUGGUCUCUGCAUGUGUUACGGCCACAGACCCUAUUUUGGCGCAAUCUGUCGUUUCAGGUAAGUUUGCACAAAGAGUCCCUGGCCAUUUAAGAAAUCUUUUGUCUGCAGAAUCAGGCUGCAACGAUGGUAUGGCUUUUCCCUUUAUAUUUCUUUCUAUGAAUCUAAUUUUGCAUCCUGGUAAUGGGAGGGAAAUUGUCAAAGACUGGUUUUGUGUUACUAUCUUAUACGAAUGUUUGUUCGGAUGCUUGCUAGGUUGUUUCAUUGGUUACGUCGGGAGAAUUACUAUUAGGUUCGCCGAAAAGAAAAACAUCAUUGAUCGUGAAUCCUUCUUAGCGUUUUACGUUGUCCUGGCGUUCAUGUGCGCAGGAUUCGGCUCCAUUUUAGGUGUGGAUGACUUGCUGGUGUCAUUUUCAGCCGGUGCGGCUUUUGCAUGGGAUGGAUGGUUUUCUCAGAAGACUCGAGAGAGUAAUGUUUCCACGGUGAUUGAUUUACUAUUGAACUACGCGUACUUUAUUUAUUUUGGUGCCAUUAUACCGUGGAGUCAAUUCAACAACGGUGAAAUAGGUACGAACAUUUGGCGUUUAAUUAUAUUAUCUAUAGUGGUCAUUUUCUUACGUAGAAUCCCCGCAGUUAUGAUAUUGAGACCACUUAUUCCUGAUAUUAAAUCGUGGCGUGAGGCACUUUUCGUGGGCCAUUUCGGGCCUAUUGGCGUUGGUGCCAUUUUUGCUGCCAUAUUAGCUCGUGGUGAGUUAGAGUCUACUUUUAGUGAUGAACCCACUCCCCUGAAUGUAGUGCCGUCCAAGGACGUAACCAAACAUUGGCAAUUAAUAGCCUGCAUAUGGCCUAUUACCUGCUUUUUCAUUGUUACUUCCAUCAUAGUCCAUGGCUCCUCAGUUGCCAUUAUAACCCUGGGCCGUCAUUUGAACACUAUUACAUUAACAAAGACAUUUACCACACACACCACUAAUGGCGAAAACGGGAAAACCUCAUGGAUGCAAAGAUUACCAUCACUGGACAAAGCUGGACGUUCAUUUUCAUUACAUCGUAUGGAUACUCAAAUGACUCUAUCAGGAGACGAAGUUGAAGAAGAUGAGGGAGACCGUAAAGGACUAGCAGGCAGUGAAGAUGAAGGAUCAAACAAAAAUCAAAUCGGGAGUGUCGAAACAAGCGGAGUUCCUGCAAGGCCUGCUGGCGGUAUGCCAAGAAGAAAAAAACUAACAAUGAAAGAAAAAAGGCUAAGUAGAAGACAAAAGCUAAGGAACAAGGGUAGGGAACUGUUUUCAUCGAGAUCUAAAAAUGAAAUGUAUGAUGACGACGAAUUGAACGAUUUAGGCAGAGAAAGGCUGCAAAAGGAAAAGGAAGCACGCGCCGCCACAUUUGCAUUAAGCACGGCUGUUAACACGCAACGUAAUGAAGAAAUUGGAAUGGGUGGAGAUGAGGAAGAAGACGAAUAUACGCCAGAAAAAGAAUACAGUGACAAUUACAACUACAAUGAUAACGAUAACACGCCAAGUUUCGAAUCGUCUGAGAGAUCUUCAUCUUUACGAGGAAGAAGAUACAUACCAAGACAUCGUUAUGAUGAAGAAGAGGCAGAAAGUGAAACUGAAAGUGAGGAUGAGACGGAAGACGAAAGUGAAAGAUCGAUGGCCAGUAACGAAGAAAGAAGAAUACGAAAAAUGAAAGAGGAAGAGAUGAAACCUGGUACGGCCUAUUUGGAUGGUAAUAGAAUGAUUAUCGAAAAUAAACAAGGUGAAAUUUUGAACCAAGUGGACAUAGAAGAUGGCAACAAACCGAAGGAUGAAGAGGCCAGCAUUGAUAGUACAGCCCAUUCAAGCCUAACGACUACAACAACCAAUGUGUCUAGUGGAAGUGCAGGAAAAUUAAGGAGAAUCUUGACCCCUACAUCUUUAAAAAAGAUACAUUCAUUAGUGGACAAGGGGAAAGAAAAGGAUAAAAACAACAAAUAUCAUGCAUUCAAGAUAGACAAUUUGUUAAUCAUCGAAAAUGAAGAUGGUGAUGUUAUAAAAAGAUACAAGAUAAACCCCCAUAAUUCUGGUGAUGGUAGGAGUACGAACCGCUCAAGAAAUGACAGUGUUGUAUCAAGGGCCCUCACCGCCGUCGGAUUGAAGAGUAAAUCGAAUAGCGGCGUACCGCCUCCAGCAGGUGUAGGAAAAGCUAUGGAAGGAUCUUCAAAGAGGGGUCCCGGGAUGCUGAAGAAAAGAACGUUGACACCUGCACCUGUGGGAGGUGUACAAGGAUCAUUAAAUCUGGAAGAUGAGACUUCGUCUGGGGAAGAUUUGGGUGAUAGCUAUAACAUGGAGGAUAGUGAAGAUUACGACGAUAACGCCUACGAAUCUGAAACCGAAUUCGAAAGACAAAGAAGGUUGAAUGCAUUAGGUGAGAUGGCAGCACCAGCGGACCAAGAUGACGAAGAGUUGCCACCACUACCCGUGGAGACACAAGGUGGAAAUGACGGUCCCGGUACUGUGGAGGGCAAAAAGAAGCAAAAGAGCGCUGCUGUGAAGUCAGCUCUGUCAAAAACACUUGGACUUAAUAAGUAA